AUGAAGGUUCUAUCGCUUCUCUCAAUUGUCGGUCUGAGCUCCGCGGCAGCUCUUCCAGUCAAAGCUGGAAACGACUGUAAUGUCGAAGGAAACCUGUUCAUCCUGGAUAUUGGUGACACAGAUCAAAUCGUGGUCAGCGAAUGGGGAAACCAAGGCACUGACUUAAUCGCCCAGUUGGGCUCCGACCCCUCUGUUGGUGCAGAUACACAAGACGCCCUCUUCUACAUCAACAAAGACAAUAACCGUCUCAUCGUCCUCGAUGUGUCCGACGACUUCCAACCGUCCAACGCCUACACAGACAGUCCAAAUGGCGGCGAGUUGAAAUUUACCUAUUACAAUGACACUGCCAUACACCACUACUGGCCCGUUUUUGAUAUCAACUCGGCUGGCAAUUUGACAGUCAAUGGCUCAAGCAAUGCUUUCAGCGUUUGCUAUUCCAAGCAAUCUCACUCUACAAUCCAUAUCGGAUCAACCGCUGGCAAGAACUGCACAGCCCUUGAUGACCUUAUUGUACAUCCCCUCACUUCCCAGCUCAGCUCAUAG